CUGUUGGUGUGAAAGAGGAAAUAGUUGUUUUCAUAGCACAAGUACUUGUGAUAUAGUUUCCAGGAGACAUUUAGACUAUGGAUUACUGUAUUGCCGAUAUGUAUUAAGUAGCUGCAGUUUUGCAGCAUGUGUCACAAAGAAGGAAUGGGGGAAGGAAGUAGAAAUAAUACAAAAUUGAUGGUAUGAAAAGUGCAGGCUGGGGUUUAACCAGGAAUUGAAGCCUGAUGGAAGUGCUUGGUGGUGAGCAGAAGUUUCCUGACAAAAAAAUACCAUGAUCUCUCUACUGAUGGCAGUGUGUAACCUCCUCCUUGGCUUGCAAAACAGUGCAAGAAACUGUACAGCUUGUUGCAGAGAUGAGUCUUGACUUAUGUGGGGAGAGGAAAGGAGACUGAAAUGCUCGAUCCAAAGGAGACACCUGUACCAUGUUCCAAAACAAUGCUCUCCUUGUGCUGGAAGCUUUGCCUAGUAGACUUUUUCCAAUGAUUUGUUGCCUUUACAUGUUAUCUCUUUCCCUGUGCUGGGUUGAGUAACCUAGCGUUGGAGGUAGCUGUGCUCUGAGCAGGGGUCGGGCCAUGUGACCUGCUGGGAUCCUUUCCAAACUAAAUUAUUACUUGAUUCUGUGAAACUGUUUGGAAACAAGGGUGACAGUUCUGGGUCUGACACGUGGCACUGGGUCUGACGGCUCCCUGUUCCAGAAACCCAUUGGUGUCUGGGCUGGCAGAGAGCUGCAGAAAGGCUCUAAGAGCAGCUGCUUGGACUUUGAGGAGUAUGGCUGGCACUGCAAGGACUUAAAAACCUGGGACUUUCUGAGCUGCGGGAGCUGAAAGCCAACUGCAAAGACUAUUCAAAGGACAAGGAAACCUGCAUGGGUGUCAACAAUCAAAGUUACAUAUGUGAAACGGGCCACUGUUGUGGACAAUCCCAGUGUUGCAACUACUACUAUGAACUCUGGUAUGAGUUUCAACCUGCUCUGGUUCCCUCAAACUGGUUCAGACCACAGUUGCGGCGCAAGAAGAGAUGGAAGAGGCAGCAGGAGCUCUUAGCAGAGAAAACAUCGCUAACUCAGCAGGGGAUGCUGAAAACAUCAAGGUACGGUAAAGGGUUUUGGCUGGUGUGGACCGUCAUCAUCAUCCUCAGCUGCUGUUGUGUUUGCCAUCACCGACGCACCAAGCAUCGUCUCCAGGCCCAGCAGCGGCAACAUGAGAUCAACCUGAUCGCAUACCGGGAAGCCCAUAACUAUUCAGCCCUGCCGUUUUAUUUCCGGUUUUUGCCAAAUUAUUUACUACCUCCCUAUGAGGAAGUGGUGAACCGACCGCCGACCCCACCACCGCCAUACAGUGCCUUACAUCAGCAGUGCGUCCCAGCAGGCAGCAGUAGCACAAUCCCAGACAUGCCAAGAAACCUACAGCCAGCACAGAGCAGCUCAGCAGCACCCAGUGGCAAUAACAGCAGUACUGACCACCCCGGGUCCCCCGGCCUCGGAGAUCCCGAGCCCUCCACCACCACACUUGAGAGAGCAGUUGCCAAAAUGCAAAGCAUUGAGCCUGGUGGUACCAGCACAGGAGCCGAGCUGGUGGAGAGGGCUGGUCCUAAUAAGGAUACUGAGUGCAAGGAGGAACUGCUCAAAGGUUACAGCUCUGAGAGCUUAGAGCAGAGCAGCGCCAUUCCCGAUGCGAAGGACAAGACUCCGGGCAGGCAGCGCCGCUUCACUGGUGACUCGGGCAUCGAAGUCUGCGUAUGCAACCGGGGCCAUCACGACGAUGACCUCAAGGAGUUUGAUGGGCUCAUUGAUGAUGCUCUGGAUGGGCCCCUGGACUUCUGUGACAGCUGCAGCGGCCGUUCCCAUGGGGAUGAGGAGGAAGGGCUUUUUAAUGCCGCAGAGGAGCAGCACCGUGAACACAGCCACCACCACCUGCCCCGGCAGCCGGUGUGUGUACUCUUGAACACAAUAAAUGAGCAGGACUCUCCAAACUCUUGUACCAGUAACUCCCCCAGCUAAGGUGGCAGAGUGGAAGGGAGAAAAAAAAACAAAGAAAUGAGAGUGGAAUAAGAGGAUAACAACUUUAAUAGGAGGAAAAAAGGUGAUACAACCUUUUCUUAGUUUAUUUCUGUUUCUCCCCCUCCAGUAUAAUUCGAGGACUAGUCCUUGAAGGCCCGGUGUGUGGGGGACGGGUCGCUCGGGGUUUUGUUAAUCAUGUCUGUCCUGCUCUGCAGGGCAGGGACUGGUGUUUCUCAAUGAGACCUUCUAACAAAUGGAAUUUUCCCAAUGGUGAUUUUGGUGAUGGUUAUUACGAGUUUGUUGGUUUUAGUUUCUGAAAACACUGCUUUAUCUCGCAAUCAGUAAAGCUCAGCAGAUCUCACCCUGGGAGGAUACAAAAAUCACCGUCAGGCUUCAACCUCCAGGUGUCUUCCCAGAAGCAAGCAGCUUCUGACAGUGCUGGCAGUCAGUAGCCCAAGAGUUCUGGUUUGAUAUAGUGCUCUUGAGGUAUUGGGGAUUUCUUUUCGGUUUAGCUUUUAUUUUGUGUGUGUGUGUGUGUGCGCGCACGUGUGUGUGUGUAGUUUUCCUGAAGCUGAUGAAUGCCUGAACACAUCAGCCCUAUAACCUCUGGUGCUUCAGUGUUUAAGACAGCAGGUAGGAAAUUUCCCACUUGAAGCUGGUGACUGAAGGACCAGUUUCUUCCAGAAGGAGUGUUAGUCUACCGUGAGCAGUUUGAAAAGAAAGGCUUUGCAGAAAUUUGCCUUUUAUGUCAUUUUUAAAGACAAGCGUAUUCCUUCAAUGCCUCCAAGAGCACAGUUAGAAGUAGAAUCCAGGCAGCUGGGCUGCCUUCCAAGUACUGUGGUCUGCGAAUGACCUUUUCCCGGUGUGCUGCAAAAGGGCUUGGCUUUAUUUUGUUCCUUUCUUUGCACCCCGACAGCAGCACACUGGAGUUAAGAUGACAAAAAAGAACAGGGCUCUCUUUGGCCAGCGUGCCUUCAAGCUUCAGCGAUGCAUGUUGAACAAAUGGAGACGAGAGCUCCGUCCAUUGUGAAGGGAUGACUUACCAUGUAGAUGUGGAAGACCUGUGCAGUAUUUUUGUUUGAAAUCCAAAUGUUUGGUGCGAUUCUAAUGUUGACCACUUCAAAGAAAUGAAUGUCUGUUUUCUUUUUGUUUUUAUGGUGCCAACUGGCUACUGUACAAUGUCUGUGAGCGUGUGUGUGUGUGUGUGUGACUGCAAUCCAUGCAUGCAAGUCCUACUGGUAAUAUGAAAACCUGCUGUAAGACUGCAAGAAAAUUUACUGUAGCUUUGCUUUAAUAAAUGGUAGAGAUUUUGUUAGUGACAACCUGAAGGAAAAAAAAAGAGCUUGAAACUAACAUUCCCUAGCGUGCUCAUGUGGAAGAGAGCACAGUUCACACUAUGUAUCUUGUUCUCGGGUUUUCUCCCCGGCCCUUUUAUAAUUAUGAUCAUCCUGAUCAUUACUGUUAUGGGGGGAAAAGAAAAUUGAAAACUGAACUCGGACAUACUCAGAUUUGAUUGAUUGAAAACCAAAAUCAGUUUUAAAUAAGGUGGAAACCAAAAUAUAAUGCCUUUUCUGAUAA